AUGGAACAAGCAAUUUUAGUAGGGGAUCACUCCGUUGGAUCAGAAAGAAGCAGAAGACUAAAACUAAGAGGCAAUUGCAAAAAGAGAAUAGGUAUGAAUAACAUAAUGAAUGAUUUAAACGAAGUUAUGUUUGCUUUUGAAGACGAUGGAGCUGAUGGGUUAAGGAUUAAUCCACGGAAUAACGGUCUAGUAGGAGUGCCAAAUUAUUUCGAGGAUGUUAUACCUUUAUACACUGAUAAUCAGUUUUAUUCUCAUUUUCGAAUGUCCAGAGAAUCGAUAGCUGAACUAGAAAAUAUAAUAAGACCCCAUGUACUCGACAUUAACCACAAUAUGCCUUUACAAAAAAUUUUUUUAUUAACAAUCUGGAUUUUAGCAACUCCAGAAAGUUUCAGAUCAGUUGCUGAUAGAUUUGGUUUAUGUAAAACAAUAACAUAUUCAGCUUUCAAAGAAAUUGUCCAUAUUUUAGCAAAUCUUUUGCCACAGUUUGUUCGUUGGCCAGAUGCUCAGGAGUGCGAAGUAAUUGAGGCGGGUUUUCGUUCUCGCCGAGAAGGGUUUCCGGGAAUAAUUGGAGCUAUUGAUGGCUGUCAUAUAGAAAUAAUACAACCUCCAGGAAAUGCUAAUGAUUAUUACAAUCGGAAAGGAACUCAUUCAAUAAUUUUGCAAGGUACAUGUGAUCAUAAUGGUAAAUUCAUCGACGUUUUAAUUGGAAGACCAGGAAGAGCACACGACGCAUCAGUUUUUAGAACUUCUACUCUGUAUAAUCGACUAACUAGUGAAGAUCCUUUGUUGCCUCCUAAUCAACAUAUACUUGGUGAUUCCGCUUAUCCGCUAAUGCUCAAUGUUUUAACACCGUUUAAAGAUAACGGGCAUCUUAGUCCUCAGCAAAUUAGAUACAAUGUUAAGCACGCAUCAAUACGUUCAAUUAUUGAGCGAGCUUUUGGUUUAUUAAAAGGGAAAUUUCGCCGAUUACGAUAUCUAGAUGUUAAAUCUGUAGAUAUGGGAAUAGUUGUUAUUUCCGCAGCUUGCACUCUCCAUAAUUUUCUAUUAAGUCGAGGAGAUGCCAACAUUGGUGAUUUUACUGAACUAGAAGCAGAAGUUGAAGAAAAUCAAGAUGCGAACUUGGAUGCAAUUCAAAAACGUUUUAAUAUAAUGAACUCAUUUUAA